ACCCUCUACAGAAGAAAAAAAAAAACAUUAGAAAAAAAAGAAGAAGAUAACAUUUUAGUUUGGUUUCGAAAACAAACAGCAUCAUCAUCUUCUAUCUAAACCCCUCUCUUUCUUCUUCACUGAAUGACAAUGGGGAUUCCAGAGAAAGACCCUCUUUCUCAACUGAGUUUACCUCCUGGUUUCCGCUUUUACCCCACCGAUGAAGAGCUUCUGGUUCAGUAUCUCUGCCGCAAGGUCGCUGGUCACAAUUUCACUCUACCCAUCAUCGCUGAAAUCGACCUCUACAAGUUUGACCCAUGGGUUCUUCCAAGCAAAGCGAUUUUCGGUGAGAAGGAAUGGUACUUCUUUAGCCCAAGGGACAGGAAGUACCCAAACGGGUCACGACCCAACAGGGUAGCUGGGUCUGGGUACUGGAAAGCCACCGGAACGGAUAAGAUCAUCACCACCGAAGGUAGAAAAGUCGGUAUCAAGAAAGCCCUUGUUUUCUAUGUCGGCAAAGCGCCCAAAGGCACCAAGACUAACUGGAUCAUGCAUGAGUAUCGCCUUCUCGAUUCUUCUCAAAAGAACACCGGCUCCAGGCUGGAUGAUUGGGUUUUAUGUCGCAUAUACAAGAAGAAUUCGAGCGCGCAGAGGGCGGCGUCAAACGGCACCGUUUCGAGCAGGGAGUACACGCAGUACAGCAACGGUUCGUCUUCCUCCUCCUCGUCGCACCUUGACGACGUUAUGGAGUCUUUGCCGGAGAUCGGCGGCUUCACGCGGCCACGUGUUGGCGGUGCGAUGCAGCAGCAGCGUGAGGAGAGGGAGAGGCUCAACAACAAUCUUCAGAGCGGUGGUGGUGGUGGAUUGGGAUUGGUGGAUUGGUCUAACAUUAACAACCCCUCUGUUCUGAACUCUUUGGCUGCGGCGGGGUUCGUUCCGGUAAAUCAAGAGGCUCAGCAGGGCCAGAACCAGGGAAUGAUGAACUUUGGUGGUGGUGGUGGUGGUGGAUACAAUGACCUUUAUGUCCCUUCGCUCCCAAAUCUAUGCCAAGUGGAGUCUUCGGAGAAGAUGGGUAAACCGGUCGAGGAAGAGGUUCAGAGCGGUGUGAGAACCCAACAGGUUGAGAAUCCCGGUUUUUUUGCCGGUUCAAAUGGUUUUACGCAGGGGUUUUCAAACUCAGUGGACCAAUAUGGUUUCAGGUACCCAGCUCAGACGGUCGGGUUCGGUUUCGGGAAAUGAACCGGGAAUGUUAAUGGUAAUGUUACAUGAUAUUUGUGAUGAUCAGUUGCAAUUUGUGUAAAUAGGUGGGGAUUCUUUGGGCUAGUUAAAGGUUGGCUUUAUGCUUCCAAAAUUAGAAUGGGAAUGGAAAAAAAAAAUGCAAAUUUUGGUCCUCAUUUUCGGCUAGUGAUCAUGUAGGCGGUGGCGGCAUUAGAUUCAAUGAAUCAAAUUCACAAGAUAAAGUAGUGAUGGAACCAUUAGGUCAUGGAAAAAUCAAUUUAUUAGGAAGCUAGGAUAUAGUUCUGGGCUAUACUUGAACGUGCUCAACCACAUGAGUCACGUUUUGUACUUGAAAUGUACUAGCAAUUUGUUUGGAAUGUUAGGUUUUAUUUUAUUUUUAAA